AUGACGACUGGAAUUUCGACAACUUGCAACCCAUUCAUACCAUUCGUUGAGAUCGGCUGGACCACGGCCGAGAUCAGCGAGUGGCAAGCCGGUUACUGCUUAUUUCUUACGGCGAAACUGGUGAACAGCCUCUUCGUUUCGACACGUUUCAGCCGCUCGACGUUCGACUCCACUCACCUCCGUCGAAUGGUCACAAUCGGUUGCCACGCCUAG